CAAGUGGGAAGAGAAACUCGACUGAUUGCCUAGCGAUUAAUAUGCGACAUAAGUCACAAUGGCUCUGUCUAAUCCAAUUCCUUUUUAUUUUUUAUUUUUAUUUCCCCCUCCCCCUUGGGCUCCCUCUUAUUUGACCGCAUCAUCCUUCUCGUUCGACUGUUUCGGAUAUGGGUUCCUUCGGCGAAUCGAGCAUCAUUAAGCGUUUUUUGAAAUCAGUGGCCAGCUUCCCGAGCAACUUGGCUCUGGUCUGCACACACCAGCCAUGGGGAACUUAUGGACUUGAUAGUGGAAAGUCUCAGGGUGACCCUUACCUUCGAUUGACGUACAAUGGCCUAUACCAAGGAGUACAACGUCUAUCAGCCGCCCUGGCAGGCCAUGGCAUAAAGUCUGGCUCGCCGUUGUUUUUGUUUUGCCCGAACAGAGUGGAAUACGUCCUUUCUACGAUAUCCGCGUACUAUUCUGACCUUGUCCACGUUCCGAUUAGCCCGGAUAGCCUGUCCAACAUUGGAGACGUGGAGCAUAUGCUGACUUUGGUCCGGGAAUAUGAAAAACCCGAAACGGCUGUUGUGAUUGCCAAUGAUGCAGGCGUGGCAGGAGCACUGGACCCUAUCGUCAAGAGGCUUGGAACCGACUGUCUGAAGGUGGUUAUUGAUGGAACACUUGAUGGGUGGAUACCGUUUGAAACUCUGAUGGUGUCAACCUCCAUUGAAAAGCCCUGUCCAUUGUCUGUGCCCAGUGACAGAGAACCCACUGCAAGAUCAGUGUUCUUCACAAGUGGGACGACAUCGCGGCCAAAAGGUUGUCUUACCAAGCCUGGGCGAUGGAUGGAUGCGCUUGAGACAUCCCUCAGCAUUGGUUCUGUAGAGCCUGGGGAGGCCGUGGCAGUGACUGUCCCAAAUAACCACGCUUUCGGUUACAUUUGCUUGAUGUUGCCACUUCUGAGAGGAGCGACUAUUGUGUUUGCAGGAUCCAAGUUUUCCCCACAUCUUGUGCUUGAGACUCUGCGACGUGAAAGAUGUGCCUACGCAGCCAUGGUGCCCUCGAUGGCCCAUAGUCUCUUGCAAACCCAACAAGGCAUGGACUGCCGGCCGGAAUACCUCAAGGGAUUGCUAUUUGCUGGCUCGGUAGUGACACCGGAGACCCUCCGACAAUGUCAGAUAAUGAUGGGUGUUGCAACCAUCGAGAAUUUCUAUGGAAUGACAGAAGGCGUAUUUUGUUGCACUGGACCAAUUGGGAAUGUCAAAUUCAUCACCAGAGAACAUGACGUGUCAAUUGGCAAGCCGGUGACUGGAGCCCAGGUUCGCAUUUGCUACUCUGGAGAAAAAUCUACUGUGCCCACAGGAACCCCAGGAGAAUUGCACUUUUCCGGCUGCACACUGGUUGAAGGUUAUAUGAAAGGCGAAAAUGAAGAUUUUUAUGAAGAUGACGGGCGGAUCUGGUUCGUUACCGGCGAUCGGGCUUACGUCGACUCUGACAAUCGUCUGUUCAUUGUUGGGAGAUACAAGGAUCUGAUUAUCCGAGGAGGAGAGAACCUUUCGCCUGCUAAGAUUGAGGCUGUUCUCGCUGAGGUUCCUGAUCUCAGAGCCCUUGAGCCUCAGGUUGUUGCGGCCCCUGACCCCAUUGCAGGGGAGGUACCUGUUACUGUCAUUCGGGGCACCGCUGAUGAGCUUCUCAUUAAGAAGCUGCAGGCAGUCAUCCGCUCGCAGCUCGGAAACAUCUAUGUGCCCCGCGAGAUUCUUCCCGUCAAGGCAUUAGGUUUGGAUGAUUAUCCUCGUACGGGCAUAGGAAAGAUCCAGAAGGUUAAACUGGCUGAAAAGGUUGCCCAGCUUUACCGAUCUCGAAAACAAGCAGACGAGGAUGACACAGAACUGAACUCGUCAAGCCUAGAGAAGACAGUGGUUGGAACCUGGGCGCGUGUGCUAGGUCUUCAACCUGACCAGAUCGAUAUCAACUCCUCUAUCUCACGAUGGGCGGAUAGCCUAGUCCAGUUGGGCGCGCGAGACAAAAUCCGAAAGGCAACUGGACGGCGCGUCCCACUGUCUAAAUGGCUCUCUGUCGAUUGUAUUGCAGAUCAGAUCCACUUGCUCAAACAAGUUCCCGCGGACGUGCCUCAGUCGGUGCGCAAACCUGUCCUGAACUAUCGCGAAGGACCCCCAGAUGUCCAUGAGAUCGUUCAUGUAAACGCCGAGCCUGAGGCGCUGGAUACCACCAAAGCCGCAAUCGGGAGCGUGAUUGCAGGAUUUGGGCUCUCCUGGGACAGUGUCCAAGAUGUCGCUCCUUGUACGGAUUUUAUUCAAAUACUUAGUAAACAUCGGGUUAUCGACACCUGGAAGUUGUGCACCUCGAUCCAAACCCAUAAUGCUGAUGUGAAGCAAUUGAGAUCAGCCCUCGAAGUGGCUUUAUUCAAUAACCCUUUGGUUCUCUCCUUCCUUGUCGGUGAUGAUUCACUCCUGGGGCCAGAGCUUGGACUCUAUGUGACGAUGCGGCAGACACGGGAGAUCCUUGACAAGUGCAUCAUGGACUAUGGAACCGUAGAUACAGUCGAAGACGUUCGGAAAAUUGCCAGGCACUACCCAUUCAAGGAUCAUUCUAUGCUUCCAGGCCCACUUUUUCGUGCACUUAUAGUAUUUGUUCGCGAGACCAAGUCAGCGGCGGCCAUCAUGAACAUUUCGCAUUAUGUAGUCGACGCGACGUACUUCGGAUUUUUCACUGAAGACAUUGAUCGCGCCCUCGACGGUCGACCUUUGAAUGCCUAUGUACCGUUCAAGACCUGGGCUGACUCUUACUACACCCUUCGCACAUCUCCAAUGGCCAGACUAGCAGUGAAGUACCAUGUUUCUCAUCUGAAGAGUCUUCGAGAUCAUAAAAAUGUUCUCUGGCCGCAUCCCGCUGACCAGUCAACUAUGCCCCCUGAACACGCGGAUAUGAACGGUUAUACGAUCACGUAUUCAGCGCCCGAUUUCCUGCGUCUGCGCGACAAAUAUCCAGGGCUCUCAUCUCCGAUCAUAUUGAAAGCAGCGCUGGCUCUUUUUGUAGUCUAUAACACAAACCACACACACGCUCUAUUCCUCAAUCUUGAGGCGAACCGGACCCGUUUCCCCUUUAUUCCCGAAUCCUAUUCCGCUCUUGGAGAUUUCGAGGACUUUCCUGUAUCGGGGGCUACCUUCACGGGUGUCUUGAAUCUCAUUCCCUAUCAGCCCAAUGAGAACGCCAUUGAGUAUCUUUCACGGGUGAAGGAGUAUCAGGUCAAUUUGACAAAACAUGCCUGCGUUCCCUGGCACGAGGUCUUCCGCGAGCUAGACUGCUCCGCCGAAGAAGUCUUGCCAGCAGUCGCGGAAUCACUCAUUUUCAACUGGAUGCCUGGCUUGGGUGAAGCAGCAUCCGGCCAGAAUUUGCAUUCGAAUAUCAAUAUGUCUGAAGUAUAUUUUCAACCCAGACUGAUGAUGUCGGUUAAUGCUGGGGCAUUUGGACCUGAUGGGAGCGAAAUCGCUGUUCUUCUCCACGGUGUCCUGCCGAACAUGUCAACAGCAUGGGCCAAUAGCACUGCGGAGCAGAUCAAGAAGAUUUCGUUGUGGCUGGCGGCUCCAGAGUCAUGGAGCAAGCCAGUGGAACGAUUUACUGAGUGUUUGGAGUGA